AUGUAUUAAUAAGUUAUUUAUUAGGCCUACUAGCACAUAGCCUUUUCUAGUUUUGUAAAAAGAGUAAAUGAGUUAUGAGGGGCCUUUAACAGAGUGCUACGUAGAUCCACUUUUCUCGAAACCUCUUAAUAUUUACAAUGUUUUGGAAUACUUCUCGGGUUCACAAUUUUAUGAUAAAGAUUGUAAAAACGAGGAAAUUGCUGUUCGUUUUAACUUGACUACGAUUCCAUUUCCUUCCUCCGAUGUGGGUUACUACAGCUUAAAAAAGAACGAAGUGAUUUAUGACGAAUUAAGAAGUUACUUUACUGAGUUCGAGGACGACAAAGUGCAAUAUGAUGUUGUUCAAUGCCCAGGAAGUGACAGUGCUUUUGUAAUAUACCAGUACAACUGUAAGCAGAGGAACGAAUUAAUAACAGAAGCCUUAUACUAUAUUGAAAAUUCGGUGAUUUACCGUGUGCCUGACUUGGCCUCUGUAGCCGCCUCUCGACUGAUGAGUAUCACCACAUUUCUCCAGAAGGGUUUAGACAACCUUGCACAGAAUAAAAAGUAUUCCCCAAGAAGCGGCUACACCUGGAUUUCAGCAAGCACCCACGCGGCAACCCAGCCGGCUCAAAUAAUAAAUAAGAGCAGCUUUUUGUCAGCGGACACGCAAGUAUUUUUAAAGCAAGUGGACGACUCCAUUGGGCUACUCGCAGAAAGAGUUAGAGAGAAACUUCAAAAAAAAGACAACGGUAUUUAAUGCUUGUAAAA